GGACUGGCCCGAGGAGGAGCGGGAGGAGGAGCGCGCACGGGAGGAGGAGGAGCGAGUGCCCCGCCGGCCGAGGUACAUUGAGCUGGACGUGUGUCCGCGAUGCUGCCCCACCCAGUGAUGUCCUUCCGGCGCCUGCUCUGUGCCAUGGCCUCCCACCGGCCCGCCCCCUUGAGAUGCGGAGGAAGCAGCCCCCUGCACACGGCCCCAGCCACCUGUUCUGACAGGAGCGCCCCUGUGUUCACCCACGCCCUGGCCUUUGCGGACAGGAUUGCUCUCGUUGACCAGCAUGGCCACCACACGUACAAGGAUCUUUACUACCACAGCCUCCGCCUGUCCCAGGAGGUGUGCCGUCUCCUCGAGUGCGCUGGCGGGGACCUCCGGGAGGAGAGGGUCUCCUUCAUGUGCUCCAACGACGUCUCCUACGUGGUCGCACAGUGGGCCUCGUGGAUGAGCGGAGGCAUUGCUGUCCCCCUGUACAGGAAGCACCCCCAGGCCGAGCUGGAGUAUUUUAUCCGGGACUCCCGGAGCUCUGUGGUCCUUGCUGGCCAGGAGUACGUGGAGCUCCUGCGCCCACUGGUCAGGAAGCUGGGGGUCCCGCUGCUGCCUCUCCCGCCCACGGUCUAUGGUGCGGCGGCUGAGGAGCCUGGGCAGUGGGAGGUGUGGGAGCGGAGCUGGAGAGACCGAGGCGCCAUGAUCAUCUACACCAGCGGGACCACAGGGAGGCCCAAGGGUGUCCUGAGCACUCACCACAACAUCAGGGCCAUGGUGAUGGGGCUGGUCCACAAGUGGGCAUGGAGUAAAGAUGAUGUGAUCCUCCACGUCCUCCCGCUUCACCAUGUGCACGGCGUCGUCAACAAGCUGCUCUGUCCCCUCUGGGUGGGGGCCACCUGUGUGAUGCUCCCUGAGUUCAGCGCACAGCUGGUUUGGGAAAAGCUCUUAGGUUGUGAAACUCCACGGGUUAAUGUAUUUAUGGCAGUGCCUACAAUCUACGCCAAGCUGAUGGAUUAUUAUGACAGACAUUUCACCCAGCCUCAUGUCCAGGAUUUUGUCCGUGCAGUUUGUGAAGAGAAAAUUAGGUUGAUGGUUUCGGGAUCGGCUGCCCUGCCCCUGCCUGUGCUGGAGAAGUGGCAGGACAUCACGGGCCACACUCUGCUGGAGCGGUACGGGAUGACGGAGAUCGGCAUGGCCCUGUCCAACCCCCUGACCGCCACUCGCGUGCCAGGUUCUGUGGGGACCCCGCUGCCAGGCGUCGAGGUACGCAUUGUCUCAGAAAAUCCGAAGAAGGAGGGCUGCCCCUAUGUGCUCCACGCGGAAGGAAACGAAAAGGAGACGCAGGUGACCCCAGGGUUCAAGGAGAAGGAAGGGGAGCUCUUGGUCAGGGGGCCAUCUGUGUUCCGAGAAUACUGGGACAAACCAGAAGAAACGAAGCAUGCCUUCACCUGGGAUGGCUGGUUCAAGACAGGCGAUACGGCUGUGUUUAAGGACGGCAGCUACUGGAUCCGGGGCCGCACGUCUGUGGACAUCAUCAAGAGUGGUGGCUACAAGGUCAGCGCCCUGGAGGUAGAGCGGAUGCUGCUGGCACACCCCAGCAUCACGGAUGUGGCUGUGAUUGGAGUUCCAGACAUGACGUGGGGCCAGCGGCUCACUGCAGUGGUGACCCUUCAAGAGGGACACUCGCUGUCCCACAGGGAGCUCAAAGAGUGGGCAAGGGGCGUCCUGGCCCCGUAUGCUGUGCCCUCGGAGUUCCUGCUGGUGGAGGAGAUCCCGCGGAACCAGAUGGGGAAGAUCAACAAGAGGGACCUCGUCAAGCAGUUCUACCCGGGCGACCAGGGUGCCCCAAGGCCAGGCACCAGCCCCACGGGGCCCAUCCACAUCUGCCCGCAGCAUGCGCCCCUGCUCUUGGUGGUGUUGGCUCAGGCUCGCAGGCACCGCAUGUGUCUCCGGCCUGCACCCCCCGUCCCGGCCUCCCACGCCUUCCUGCCCAGCUCAGAGGGCACCUGCCCACACCGGGUCCUCAGCACCGAGACUGAAUGA